AGCGAGGGACUGGGGCCCGCCUGGCUCCGCCGGAGCGGGAGGCUCCCCCGAGGGUUCCCCCUGCCCCGGCAUCACCCGGGCGAGCGGCAGAGCCCGCGGUGCCUGUGGAGGCGGCCGGGAGAAGCGCAGUAAAGUUGUGCGUGCCCCGGCCGGGACAGGAGGCUACUGGCAGGCUGCUCCUCCCGGCGCCUUCCCCCCCGCGGCAACCCGGGGGCAUCGCCGGCCUGCGGCUGGUGCAGCAUCUUCAGCGAGCGCGGGUUGUGGAGCUGACAGCUGCUGCAACGACCCGCUGACGUUUUCCUCCGCGCUGGUGCGCUGUAGUUAUCUCUGCUGCCAGUUGCACUAGUUCCUGGGGCUUUCUGCGCAAUCUUAAAAAAAGGUCAGAGCUCCUAACUUUUGAGCGCAAGUGCUCGGUGACAGGAGUGCCUAGCUCUUGCGUACAGGGUUAAGUUCAACACAAAAAGCUUGGUUCACCUUGUGCAGUUCCUUUCUAGGGUCCCAGUGACAGAACUGUAUGAUGGUCUUAUUUCUGUCAGAACCAGUUUUCACUUUCAUCUUGCAGGAAGGUACAUGGUAGUAAUACGCGCGUGCCUGAGCCUGCCACAGACUACAUUAGCUGCCUUUAGACACUGUCUUCUGUUUUUUUCCCAGUUGGACGAUCUCUUUAACUAUAUACCUUUUGCUGCUAUGGUUUGAUGUACUGUGGUACUGUCUCCCACAUUAAAGUCUCUUGAAAGCUUGUUUUUGUCCACUUGUAAUUAUGUGACCCAGAAGUCAGCAUAGCUGGUGUUUCCUCCUAGUUUUCUGCCAUGCCUCCUCUUCAUGCUUUCAACUGAAGUUGUUCCAAAGUCCUGGACUUUCUCACUCUCUGUGCCCAGGAAACUGGAGAGAGAGGAAUUGUGGUGUGUGUGGACAUAUUUUAUAAUGUAGGACUGUUUUAAAGCAAAUGUUAUGAAGAUGUCUUAUAAGAUAGUAAAGAACAGAAGUCAAGCCUGCAGUAUCUAUUAAGCCACCUGUUCACGCCUUAAUGAGCUGGACAAGAUUUUUAUACAGGAUGCCAGUAUUGAUCUGUGCUUUGUCUCGGAUGUGACUGAUGUGGAAGAGGGCCAAGGAGGAUGCCGAGGACCGCAUCACUGGUUCUUGACAGCCAAGAACCUGACCAAAACACUGUCAAAGAGAGAAGAAUGCUUUUCUCCCACGAACUGCAUUUGUGGUGUCAAUCCAUCUUCCAUUAUUAGAAAUCUGCAGGCACUAUGGAGGUGGUAGGAAAUCUGAGGUUUGCUAGAUCCGCAUGGCUCCUACUGAUAACUGCUCAGUGCCUGGCAAAGUGGAAGGAACAAAACGGAAUGUUUUUGACUUUGUGCAAAUCCCUGAAACACACCAAUAUGUAGUGCAAGCAUGGAGGGGGUUGCUCAAAGGUGAAAAGCGAAAAAAGCAGAGGGGCCGAAAUGGAGGGCCUCUCUCCAACCAAGAAGAUGGCAAAGACCAGACUCUCUCUGCCUAGGAAGCUAAAGAGACCUUCAAAACAGCACAUCAAGUCUUGCAGUGGCCCAGGAAACUGCAGAACGGGCUGAGGCUGUGGCUGCAGAAGGAGUUAGAAAUACUGAACAGCAUGGAAAGGUGUGAUCCAUGAAAGCUGCUAUUUGAUCUACACCUACUUCUCCUGAUGUUCCCCUAUGUCAUAUCAACCAUAAGCUUCAUGGGCCCCAGAGUAACCUUUGAAGGCAGUCUACCAAUGGAACACCCUUUAGCAGCACCUCUGCAUACCAGUGAAAGCAGCAGGGUGGGAGAACAGUAUUUUGUACGUGGGCUGGUAUUGUUUGGGCCCUCCAGCCCUCCUGCCUGGCAACAUGAAGAAAGGGUACAACAAGCUGCUCAGCGGAAAUGUCCCUUGGUACUUGUUAUGCACCCUGCCUGCUCACACUGUUGAAGCACUUGAACUCAGAGAAAAAUAAAGCUGGUGAUGAGACUUGAAGACACUGAACUGUGCCUCUGCGCUGGUGGCCCCUGUUAUUCUGUUGACCUUUAUUUGUGUGACAGCCUAUUUAAUAGAUCUUUCUGAGUCCCUGACCUAUGCUGGUGUACUGGUCUAAGCAGCGAGCCUGUCUGCUCUGCUUCCAGGAACUCUUGAAAGUACUUGCAAAGCAAAACAAACCCUAGACAUUAUAACACAGCCUUCCGUUCCUGCCUGGAUCAAGCCUCUGAACAGUUGCUGAUUUCCCUCUCAAUAAAUUUACAUCCUGUGGUUUCCUGCAAGAAGAAAACAAAACUGAAAGAAAAACUAAUAAAGGCAAAACUCAGUUUAUUUGUAGCAUGAAAUAGAAAGACUAUGUGGCCUUCCAGAUCAGAGUGUUUUAGUACCAUUUGCAGACCAUGCCAAGUAGUUAAAAGCCUUAGGUAGGGCAUGUGUCCAAAAGGGGCACGUGAAGGUGAUUGUCUCUCUUGUAGCUAUGUGGCCCUUGCAGACACAUCCAUGCUCUCUGCCAGACCCUUACCAUCUGAGGAAAGUGUUGCUUUGGCUGCCUUAAACCUUCUAACCAGCACCUGCUGUCUGCUUCAGUUUCCCAUAUGCUGCUUAAGUGUUAUUUGUGGGGUUUUGGGGUUCCCUUACACUCUAGGUUUCCAAUGAAGGCCUCUAUCAGCUAUGUAGUGGUAGUAGUAAUAGUGUUAGUAAAGGUAGUUCCUCCCUGAAUACAUGCUGUGUUAGCUGUGCUAAUAAGUCAGGCUGUGUUACAGAAUGUUGGGCAGACUUGAAGAUGAUACUGUGAACCGCUGUAAACCAUGUGUUUUAGGCAAACUUAGCACGGAUUUCAGGCUGGCCUUAGUGUGUAGCCAAGGGAAGUACAUCUUUUAGGAUGUGAUUUUGGAACGUGUGUGUAGGGACAGCUGGUGAAAGCGUGGAUGUCAUUUAGUGUUGUAGCAUGGCACUGGUGGGCCUACCCAUAGGACUGUUGGUGUGUGACAGCCCUUACAGCUCUUACUAGAUAGAAGUGCCUUUGAACUGCAGCAAUUGAGCCACUGUACCAGGAUGCUCGGCCACCAACAGACCUGUAACCAUGGAGGCAUCCAGAGAGGAAGUAGCCUGGGUGAUGUGAGGUCUCCUUGGUCUGUCACUGCCAUGCCACCAUUGUGGCUGCUCUGUGCCAGCGUCCUCAGCUUACUGUGUGAGCGAUACGGGUUUUUGCCAGAAGGGGUGCUACACCAUUCUGUUCUAAGAAAAGUCAUUUCUGAAGCCCUGUCUCAUUGGCCUCAUUUUCUUCUUUGUUUCUGUCUUAUUUUUUCAUUCUCUUGAUGCCUCUGCAGGGAAGGGCAAAGGAAGUUGUGGUUAUUGCAAUAGCUGCAGUCAAAGCUUGUUGGUAGCACAACUGCUGACUUGCAAAACUGCAGCUCUCCACUGGUGAAACCUGCAGAUGUGCUUGUGCAAACUGCUUUGUAUGUCUGUCCCUCAGCACUGUAGUUGUAAAGUAGCUAAAAUUCUCUUAGGAGUUUGAAAAUAAUACUUACUGAUGUUCUCUUCAUUCUCUCUGCCCUCUCAGAAAACAAAAGAGGAAAUUAAAUAUGUGAAAGACUUUUGAGAUGUUCUAGAUUUUAGUGCCUUGGUGUGCUCUGCAGUGAGGUCUGGCUGGCUUCCUCUGUCUGUCCCAUCAUGUUCUGUGGGAGCAGCAGCACUCUGUGCAGUAGGGACUGUGGAGUACCCAGCUGAGGAAUUUCAGUGGAGAAAAUAUCUCCUCCCCUUUCUGUUUUCCUUGCAUAGAAACAUACUGGAGUGUUCAUUUAAAUGUGGCUUUUAAACAUUGGUUACAUCAAAAUGAGAUGCUUGGUAUUCUUACUUGCUUUGAAGUGUGUCUUCCAGCAUGAAUGAACUCUGAGCUCAGACAAACAACCUUGUGUAGUGUCACAAGGAAAUAGCUGACAGCAAAACUGGUUUAAAAGCAAAACAAAACAAAACCACCAGAAAGCAGUCCUGGAAAAAGAGCCCUUCUCUUUCAAUAAAGCACAUGGAUUUAUUAUCCUUGUAACUAAAGCUGGUUUUGAAAUUGUUAGCUUGGCAUCUGCAAAUGGAUAUUUAAUCUUUUUCCAGCUGGUGAUGGUGAGUCCGACUUCAGAGCAGUAUGACAGUUUGCUCCAGCAGAUGUCAGAGAGGAUUGAUGAGGGAUGUGGGGAGACCAUCUAUGUCAUUGGGCAAGGAUCAGAUGGGACUGAAUACGGUCUGAGUGAGGCAGACAUGGAAGCGUCCUAUGCCACGUUGAAGAGCAUGGCAGAGCAGAUCGAGGCAGACGUGAUCCUCCUGCGGGAGCACCAGGAGGCAGGGGGCAAGGUGCGCGACUACCUCGUUCGGAAACGCGUGGGUGACAACGACUUCCUGGAGGUCAGGGUAGCAGUGGUUGGCAAUGUGGACGCAGGAAAGAGCACAUUGCUGGGUGUCUUGACUCACGGUGAGCUAGACAAUGGCCGAGGCUUUGCUCGGCAAAAGCUCUUCCGCCACAAGCACGAGAUUGAGUCAGGCCGCACCAGCAGCGUGGGCAAUGACAUCCUGGGCUUCGACAGCGAGGGCAACGUGGUGAACAAGCCCGACAGCCACGGUGGCAGCUUGGAAUGGACAAAGAUCUGUGAGAAAUCCACCAAGGUCAUUACUUUCAUUGACCUGGCUGGUCAUGAAAAGUACCUGAAAACCACCGUCUUUGGCAUGACUGGCCACUUACCUGAUUUCUGCAUGCUUAUGGUUGGCAGUAACGCUGGGAUUGUUGGCAUGACCAAGGAGCACUUGGGCCUGGCGCUUGCGCUUAAUGUUCCCGUCUUUGUUGUGGUGACCAAGAUUGACAUGUGCCCGGCCAACAUCCUGCAAGAAACCCUGAAGCUGUUACAGCGACUGCUGAAGUCCCCAGGGUGCAGGAAGAUUCCCGUGCUGGUUCAGAGCAAGGAUGAUGUCAUUGUAACAGCCUCCAACUUCAGCUCAGAGAGGAUGUGUCCGAUUUUCCAGAUUUCAAAUGUUACCGGGGAGAACCUAGAUUUGCUGAAGAUGUUUCUUAAUCUCUUGUCUCCACGGACCAGUUACAGGGAAGAAGAGCCAGCAGAAUUCCAGAUAGAUGAUACUUACUCUGUCCCGGGCGUAGGAACAGUUGUCUCUGGGACGACACUAAGAGGCCUCAUCAAGCUAAAUGACACCCUUCUGCUGGGGCCAGAUCCCCUUGGCAACUUCCUACCUAUUGCUGUCAAGUCCAUCCACCGCAAGAGAAUGCCUGUCAAAGAAGUGCGAGGAGGCCAGACUGCCUCCUUUGCUUUGAAGAAGAUCAAGCGCUCUUCCAUCCGGAAAGGCAUGGUAAUGGUGUCACCCCGCCUGAAUCCACAAGCAUCGUGGGAGUUUGAAGCAGAGAUUCUGGUGCUCCAUCACCCCACCACCAUCAGCCCACGAUAUCAGGCCAUGGUGCAUUGUGGCAGCAUCCGCCAGACGGCCACGAUUCUCAGCAUGGACAAGGACUGCCUGCGAACAGGGGACAAAGCCACAGUGCACUUUCGCUUCAUCAAAACCCCGGAAUACUUGCAUAUAGACCAGCGGCUGGUCUUCCGUGAAGGCCGCACCAAAGCUGUGGGUACCAUCACUAAGUUACUCCAGACCACCAAUAACUCACCAAUGAACUCCAAGCCACAGCAGAUCAAGAUGCAGUCGACCAAGAAGGGAACUGUUACAAAACGAGAGGAUGGUGUUCCCGCCGCUGGGAUGGCAGCUGGAGGCCCACCAGCUGGGGACGAGGCCCCCUCAACAGCUGCAGCACCACUGACAGCUACUGCCCUGCAACCAUUGCCUGCCCUGGAUGAAGAGCCCCAUAUCCGUGAGGGCAAUAAGUCAAAAGUCGGAGGAGGAGGCCGGCGACGUGGGGGUCAGCGCCAUAAAGUGAAAUCUCAGGGAGCCUGUGUGACUCCUGCCAGUGGCUGCUGAAUUUCUUAUUCCUCCCCUCUCUGAGGAAUUCCUCCCCUUCUCUUCAUUUCUUAUCCAAAAGAUCCAGAGCAGCUUAAACCAAAACCCAUCCCAGCUGAUUGGCUGCAGAAGAAUCGUCCCUCCUCCCUGAAGGAAGCGAUGGAGAGGAGCAUAAUUUAUAAGCUAAUGAAGGUGAUGAGACACAGAGAACUGAGUAACUGACACCUUCCUCCUCCACCUGUUGACACAUUUUUGUACAUCAUGAGCUUAGUUUUUAUUCUUAUUAGUUUUUAUUAUAUUUUGUGUGCAUGAAGAUGAGAGGAGAGUCUGGAUAGAACUGCAAAGAGCCAGUUAGUUGCCUCCCUCCUCCCUCACCCUUUUCUGUCCACAGGACUUGCUGCUCUCCCCCUGUUUGCUGUCUCAGAUCCAGGGGUUAUCAAACGCCUGAAAUUUCAGACUUGCAAAGGUUAAAACACGUUGCUUAGGAUGGCUCCAUGGGGCACUGUUUCCUCACCACUGUGGCCCUGUGCCAAAUAUGUUUCUGGAUUCCCUCCCUCUUGAACUAUUUCUAAGCGGAUUUAAUUUAAUGUUGUAGUGACUGAAGUUUGAAGAAGAUGGUAAGAAAGUUCUUUAGUUGGAGAUCUAAGAGGGAAACAAAUUGCAAAGCAGUUCUUGAUGUUAAAUUCAGGGAUCCUAUGCUAAAUAUCCUUCUCAAAUAAUGUUGAUAGCACUUAAGAUUUUAAUUAGCAACAGAGUUAAGUGGGCAGAUGUAUGCCCAUCCUGUUCCCCUUCCCAUUGUGCUGCUUCUCCGAGUGUUUGUUCAGUGCACAUGGAAGCAAAUCUAACCUGCCUCUCAAGGCUGCAGCAUCUCAAUUGACAGUAUUAAGAAUAUAGUGCAGGAACACUCAGUCUGUCCCUUGAGCCAGAGAAAGCCUUCUCACCUCGACGGACAGAGGUCGCAGGUGGCAAUAUACCUUUGGAACAGAGACACCAGGCUAACGUGACCUCCCCUUGAUUUUUUUACUACAAGAUUUUCAAAAUCUUUCUUGGAACUCAGUGGCCAAACUUCGCAAUGGCAGAGGUAGGAUUUGUCUUCUCUCCUCUUGACCAAAGAGGGCAGUGAUGAAUUGGUACCAAAUUUAUAGAAGUGCUUUCAGGAUUGGAAGUACAUAGUAAUUCUUGUGACUUUUAAUUUCAUUGUUUUUUAAGAUUGUAUUUUAUUUUAACGACAAAUUCUCACUUCUCCAGGAAGGCCCUGCAAGGAUAGUCUACAAAUUACUGUUAGAAUGUUUUUUUAACCCUGAGCUGUGCAAGUGAUCAAUUACCUACGUAUUUUGAUCUCCCUUCUAACCCUGCCUCUUCGCUUGGCUCUGGUGAGGAUAGGAAUUAUGCUCUGCCAGCUUGUGGUGAGCUGUGGGAGUGUGGUAGCGUUUUGAGGAGGAGGAGGUGGCAUCCUCAGCAAAUCAUGGCUCUCCCCAGCAGGUGUGGUCAGCCUCGGUUUCUCUGAGGGCUUCCUCCUCCAAUGAAGGACUUGUGUUUUAAUUAGAGAGACUGUAAAGCUUCUGUCCCUCCUGAGCGGGUUGUUCUUGUUUCUUACUCUGUGGCCCCUGUGUGGAGUUCAUUCCAGUUCACCUUGAGAUUCGAGGUGAGGCUUUCACACCGACCGAGCGGCAGCAGGAUCAGGGGGCACAGCGCUUCUCCCGAUGCCAACACCAGCACUCCAAAAGCAUUAAGCGGCACGGGAGAGGUGAGAAACGUAGUUUGGAGAUGAGGGUACUUUGCCUUAGAGACUGCAGUGACUUGAGCAUGGGUGGGAGGGGGAGGUCAGACAGUCCUUUUUCCAAGCUAUGUGCCUAAAUACCAGCACUCUCCUGGCAAGGGAGGAACUAUAGGCGGCUACAACACUAAUAGCACCCGCAUUGUGAGGGGGUGUGAGGUGUGGCUAAGCAGGGCAUGAGGGCCUGGUUUGUUUGUCUUCUGGCCCUGUAGCAGCAUCAAACUGCAUCUGAUUUCACUGCCCUCUGCUUCUGAGGGGAGCAGGGAGCUCCAGGCGGUUUUCUCUUUCUCCAUUCCUUGUGCUCCAAAUGAAGGAGACUGCCGAGACUGAAAGAAGGUUCACUUCAAUUUGUGCAAAGGAGGUGGUGUGAUCUCUCUUUUGUGACCAGCAUUUAAAGAUCACUCAGGCUGGCGUGAUCUAUAAAAUAAAUUUUAAAAAAGUUUGUUCCAAGUUAAAA